CGUCUACCUGUGCGUUGGCUGUUGUGAUGGUAACGAUGUGGGUGUGAAACAUCUCAUUUUGUUGCAUUAUAAGUAAAUCAGGUGUAUGACUGUUAUACAAAUACUGGCUCAUGUGGACAAAUGUUAUUCCAUUCCGAAGAAUGCAGCUAGAAAUACCACAUAUCCUAGGGUUACGGCUUACUCCAUCCACAUUAGCCUAAGGCAACCUGGAUCACGUGAUCAACCUGGACAGUCGGCUAAGCAGAAUGAGAGCUUUCUGCAUCGUUUGAGUUCAGCCCAGUACUGCAGAAAACAAUUUACAGCAUCAUUAAACCCACAUCCUUUUGACGUGGCUAGCGGAUUGCAGUGCUUUAUUGAUUUGAAUGCAAAGGCGAAUGGUGACAUCUCCAGUCUACUUUACCUAUUUAUUUUUGGACCAUUAUGAAGCUAUCUUUGCCCUCUUUUACGAUUGUAAUGCUGGUACUUCAGAUAUCAGCUCAAAAGGAAAAUGCAGUUAAUCAGAAUGUUUCAUAUCACCGAUACCCCGAACUCCGGCAGGCUCUGAUUGGUGUGUGGCUCCAAUGUCCAUCCAUCAGCAGGCUGUACAGCAUUGGCAAAAGUGUGCAAGGCAGGCAUCUGCUGGUUAUAGAGAUCUCUGAUCAGCCUGGAGUACAUGAGCCUGGAGAGCCUGAGUUUAAGUAUGUAGGGAAUAUGCAUGGAAAUGAAGCCGUGGGUAGAGAGCUGUUGAUUACCUUAUCCCAGUAUUUAUGCAAUGAAUAUCAGAGAGGCAAUAACACCAUUAUUAAUCUUAUCGAAAGCACUCGGAUCCACAUCCUUCCUUCAAUGAACCCAGAUGGCUUUGAGCUUUCUGCAUCACAGAAAAGAAAAGUUAAAGACUGGCUUACUGGAAGAGCCAAUGCUCAAGGAGUUGACCUGAAUAGGAAUUUCCCAGACUUAGACAGGAUUGUCUAUCUUAACGAACACACUGGAGGAUCUAACAACCAUCUACUGCAGAACAUGAAAGAAAAAGUAGAGGGUAACAAUAAGCUUGCUCCAGAGACGAAAGCUGUUAUCCAGUGGAUUAUGGAUAUUCCUUUUGUUCUGUCAGCAAAUCUUCAUGGAGGAGACAUUGUUGCUAACUAUCCAUAUGAUGAGACUAGAACAGGUGCAGAAAGACAGUACACUCCAUGUCCAGAUGAUGCUAUUUUUAGAAGUCUGGCCAAGGCUUAUUCUGUGAAUAAUCCAGUCAUGUCCAAUCCCAACAGACCUAAAUGUGAUAUGGAAGGAGAUGACAGAUUCAUCAGUGGGACAACUAAUGGAGCUGCCUGGUACAGUGUUCCAGGAGGUAUGCAAGACUUCAACUACCUAAGCAGCAACUGUUUUGAGAUAACUGUGGAACUCAGCUGUGAGAAAUUUCCCCCAGCUACAGAGUUACCAAGGUAUUGGAAAGAUAACAAAGAUUCUCUCAUCUCGUACAUUCAGCAGGCACAUCGUGGUGUGAAAGGUUUUGUCACAGAUGACCAGGGCAACCCAAUUGCAAAUGCAACCAUAUCAGUCAAAGGAAUAGAUCAUGAUAUUACAACAGCUUCAGAUGGGGACUACUGGAGAUUGUUAAUACCUGGAGAGUAUCACAUUACAGCCUCUUCACCUGGUUAUGAGUCUGGCACAAAGAAAGUAAAGGUUGUCAGAAGUCCUGCACAAAAGGUAGAUUUUCAGCUGAAAGCUGUUCCAUCUGCAGAAAAGCAGAAAGAAAAAGAAAAGGAACUACUUCAGUGGUGGAAAAUGAUGUCUGAAGCACUGAAUUUCUAAAAUAAACUGCUCUAAAUAGGUCAGGAGCAAAGUAUGUCAAACGGAACUAUUGCCUAGAUUUAGAACAGCCCAUUAAAAUACAAGAAAUAUGAAAUCCGAAUUUGUCUUGCAGCUGUGUGAUAAAUGUUGUUAAUGUAGUCAUUCUGGUACUUACAAGAACUGGGACUGAUGCAUUAGCAUUUCUUUUUCAGCAGCAUUGUUUUAUUAUAGCAAGACAGCAUUAAUGUAAUGAUAUCAGAAGAAGCAGAAACAAGGAAUCCCACAUUAAUAACUGAAUGAUUUGCCCUCAUGUAAACUUUCAGCUGGUGCUAACAGAUGGAAUAGCUUUAAUGGUGCUUGACUGCUGUUCACAUAGGUUAUUCUUGCCAUACUGAAACCACAGUCCACUAUUACUAAUCUGAUUCUUAUUCUGGUCUUAUGACUAAAAUGUAGUACUUUCUUGUGUUAUAACGAAAUGUAGACUUGAGGUUUUGAGCCUUUAGUUUCUGGGACUGUGAAAAUCCAGUAACUCCCCAUUUUUUUUCUGUAGAAACUACUGACUGUAACGUAUUUUAAUAUUAAAAUUAAUUGAUAUGGAUGUUACUGAAUGCAUAUUAUGAAUAAAUGUCAAAAUGCAACUUAAAAUUCA